AUGCAGUCACCCCGCUCGGGAUCUGGUAGUGGGGUCGUUCAUGGAAGGUUAUAUACUCGGGAUGGCACAUUAGUUGCCGUCACCUCGCAAGAGGGUGUGGUGCGCGCAGAUGUUAGAGGACCUGAUGAAGGAAACAAACUUAAUGCAAAGCUCUAG